AUGAAGCUGAAUAAUUUCCUCCCCUUCUUUGCCUACCUGGUAGGCCAUGGUGUCCUCGCAACGCCCAAGCAGGAAACCAUCGAAGUCGAUGUCUGUAUUGUCGGCGGUGGCGCAACUGGUGCUUACGCUGCAGUCAGGCUGCGAGAGGAUUACGGCAAGAAGGUCGUGGUGAUUGAGAAAGAGAACAAACUUGGCGGCCAUGUCCACGUUUACAAGCCCAGCGCCAAUGCGAGCCCGAUCAAUUACGGAGUCCAAGCGUACCUUGACCGAAAGACAACCAAGGCUUUCUUCAAGCGGUUCAAUGUCGGACUCGUCUCUCCCAAUCUAGUCAGCGCCGCCGAGGGGUUACUCACCACCAAGGACAUUGACUUCAGCACCGGAAAGAAGGUUGAUCCCGACUACGGCACUGUCAAUGCCACUGUCGCCCUGGCCACAUAUGCUGCAUUGGCCAUCAAGUAUCAACCCUGGUUCGAGAACGGCUACUUCAAGAAGGGAGAAGUCCCCGAGGACCUUCUUCUUCCCUUUGGCGAGUUCCUUGAGAAGUACCAGCUUGGAAGUGCCCUUUCCAUCCUGCGAACCCUUAUCUGGCUUUCCGACGCGACGCACACCCCGACCUGGAAUGUCAUGGCUGUUGUUGGAGAGCCUCAGCUUGCGGCCUUUGGAUUUGGUCUUACUGGCCCUUCAUUCAAGUAUCCAUCAACAGGCUCUACCCAGUCGCUCUACGACAACGUCUACAACUUGAUCAAGGAUGACGUUCUUCUUGAAAGCACAGUUGCCUGGAGCAAGCGAACUUCCCAGGGCUCAGAGCUCGUCGUGCAGACACCCUCUGGCAAGAAGACCAUCAAGGCCAAGAAGGUUCUCUUUGCAGCAACUCCUUCGCCCGAUAACGUGGGUACCUGGGACCUCGAUACCAAAGAAAAGUCGCUCUUCUCCAAAUUCUCCUGGGAGACGCUGUACGUUGGCGUCGUCGGCAAGACAAGCCUACCCAAGGACGUCUCCGGCAUUACCAACACCGCUGACAACGCCACUAACUACUACCUUCCACGAGGUAACUUUGUCGACGCCUACUCUCGUUCCGGUGAGCAGGACCUUUGGACCACUCGUGUCCUUGGUCAGGCCAACCUGACAGCUCAGAAGGCCAAGGCUCUCAUCAAGCAGGUCUUCACCAACAUUGACAAGGCUGGAACUUACGAUGUUACCACUCCUGAUAUUGUUGCAUUCGCAUCUCACGGAUUGACUGUUCCCAAGGUCUGUGCUCAGGAGCUUGAGGAGGGCUUCUAUAAUAAGAUUUAUGCCCUCCAGGGCCAGCGCAACACUUUCUGGACUGGUCUCACAUGGGCUCCUGAUUACACUCCUAUUCUUUGGGACUUCACUGAGAAGCUCUUCCCCCAGAUCCUGUCUGGACUUUGA